AUGCCAACCCCCGAGUCCGCUGCCUUCCUGGCUAAGAAGCCAACCGUCCCUCCAACAUACGAUGGCGUCGACUUCGAAGACACCGUCGCCCUACACAAUGCCCGUGACGCUAUAAUUCGCGAACAAUGGGUUCGCAGCAUGAUGUCCAGACUUGUCGGCGAUGAAUUGGGCAAAUGCUACCGAAGAGAGGGCGUGAAUCACUUGGAGAAGUGCGGAAAGCUCAGAGAUAAAUACUUCGAACUUCUAGGGGAGAGGAAGGUCAAGGGAUACUUGUUCCAGGAGAAGAACUACUUCGAGAAGCAGCAGUGA